GCGGAAGUGCGGAUCAGCUGAUGCUGGAGAGCCAUCUUCAUCUUCCCGAGCCGAGCCGAGCAGUGGAGAGGAGGGGGGACAGGACAGAGAGGAUAGGGGGAUCUCGACUCCAAAUUGUCGGCUUAAAAAGACAUUUUGGAUCCAGAGAGCGCUGGCUGCUUAGAAACGGAGGUCUAGAAAAGAACCGGCCGGUGGCACAUGAAGACAAGCGGAUGACAAGCUUUUACACACAAAGGAGAAGACAUAUUAUGAGGCAGCUAGAGGUGGCAUAAAAACAAUUUAUUAUGUUUUCCACGGAUGGACGUUUGUCCUGGUCGAGGGGUCAAAUCUGCAUUUUAGUCGUCUGAUUUUCCUGUAAACCCACAUAGAGGCACAAUGCUGAGAUAAAAACACUGGCGAGUCGUUUGUUUUGGGUAACCAGUGGAUCGACAAGACUCGGAUUAGGGACCAAGGCUUUUGUGUCAAAACAUCAAAACAGCGUUAUUCCGUCUGGAAAUUUGUAAGGACAUAAGCACAGUUCGUGUCAGCGCUUAUUUUGACAGUUUUUGAAGUGUUUGGGAUUUCGGGCUAGCCGGAAAGCUAGCAAGCUAGCCGACUAGCCUUUCGGAGUUAGCAGCGCUACCUCGGUCGAAAUAAAAACAAGCGCACCGGGGUUGUUUUGGGUUAACACAGGUGUACUAUUGUGAUAUGGCCUUGUUUAAGAGAAAUAAACCCACGGAAGGUCAUUAGGUGUACUUGGGGACGUGGUCUUUCUUCAGCGCUCUCUUGUUUUGUUAGCCGUAGAGCAGCUGUGGGACUCGAGGCUCAGCUGAUAGGACAAACAGAGGAGAGGGGGUUUAAAUGAAAAUUUGAGUGAAAAGAACUCAUGCUUGCUAAAACGCCCUGAACUUUACUAACUAAGCGAUUCACUACAGUUGCUGUCAAUUAACACCACUUGCUAUGUAGUUCGACAACUUGAGGGCAGUCAGGCCACUGGAGAGGGGCUUAUUGAUUUCAAAAUCUUAUUUUAUAAGAUUUAAACCUCAACAAAUGUCUGAUGAUACAUUUGUGGGGUGUUUUGUCUUGUAAGUUCAUACUUGACAAUGUAAGAUAACACUUAUUUAGGUUUAAAAAAUUGAGAAGUGUGUAAGUUUAAGAAAUUUUAGCUAUGGGUUGUGUCACUUUUCUCAAGAACUAGACCCCUGAGUGUCUCCAGCAGUUGGGGUCUAAAAGCAUGGAUUAACUUCACUUAACUGCACCGCAGUCAUGUGCAAAUCCUCCAUUUGACACCCUAAAUACAUAUUUUCAAGAAACAGGCUUUCUUGAGGGACUUUGCAGGGCCCCUCUCACGUUGUUUGGGUUGAGUGUGAGUUUCCCCUCCCCCUGAGCGAGUGUCACUCUCUCAAAACAACAGAAGCGCAGAGGCACGUUCAUUUGAAGCUUUCAGGUCUCCACACAGCGGAUGUGAUGGAACUGAUGUUCGCUGAGUGGGAAGAUGGAGAGAGGUUCUCCUUUGAAGAUUCGGACCGUUUUGAGGAGGACUCCCUGUGCUCAUUCAUAUCAGAGGCGGAAAGUCUCUGCCAGAACUGGAGAGGAUGGAGGAAACAGUCUGCCGGCCCAAAUUCACCCACUGUGAAGAUUAAAGAUGGACAAGUUAUUCCUCUGGUGGAGCUGUCGGCCAAGCAGGUGGCGUUCCAUAUUCCAUUUGAGGUUGUGGAAAAAGUCUAUCCUCCCGUUCCUGAGCAGCUGCAAUUGCGGAUUGCCUACUGGAGCUUCCCAGAGAACGAGGAGGACAUCAGAUUAUACUCCUGUUUGGCCAACGGCAGCCCUGAUGAGUUCCAGCGUGGCGAGCAGCUCUAUAGAGUGAGGGCUGUGAAAGACCCUCUGCAGAUAGGUUUCCACCUCAGUGCCACAGUAGUGUCACCCCAGGCUGGCCAAUCAAAAGGAGCCUACAAUGUGGCUGUAAUGUUUGACCGCUGCCGCAUCACUUCCUGCAGCUGCACCUGUGGAGCAGGAGCCAAAUGGUGUGCCCACGUUGUGGCCCUCUGCCUCUUCAGAAUUCAUAAUGCUUCUGCGGUGUGUCUUCGAGCACCUGUGUCAGAGUCGCUGUCCAGAUUACAGCGGGAUCAACUCCAGAAGUUUGCACAAUACCUCAUCAGUGAACUCCCACAGCAGAUAUUGCCGACAGCUCAGCGUCUUUUAGAUGAGCUUCUGUCCUCCCAGUCUACCGCUAUUAACACCGUGUGUGGAGCCCCGGAUCCUACUGCUGGCCCUUCAGCCUCUGACCAGAGCACCUGGUAUCUAGAUGAGUCCACCCUCAGUGACAACAUAAAGAAGACCUUGCACAAGUUCUGUGGCCCAUCACCUGUGGUGUUUAGUGAUGUGAACUCCAUGUACCUGUCAUCCACUGAACCUCCGGCAGCUGCUGAAUGGGCUUGUUUGCUGAGGCCCCUGCGAGGUAGAGAGCCAGAGGGCAUCUGGAACCUUCUGUCCAUCGUCAGAGAGAUGUUUAAGAGGAGAGACAGCAAUGCUGCGCCUCUGUUAGAAAUCCUCACUGAACAGUGUCUCACCCAUGAACAGAUCAUUGGCUGGUGGUAUAGUGUGAGGACAUCCGCCUCUCACAGCAGUGCUAGCGGGCACACAGGUCGCAGUAAUGGCCAGACAGAGGUUGCAGCACAUGCGUGUGCCAGCAUGUGUGAUGAAAUGGUUGUCUUGUGGAGACUGGCAGUGCUAGACCCUACCAUGAGUCCCCAGAGGCGUUUGGAACUUGCUGCCCAGCUAAAGCAGUGGCAUCUGAAGGUUAUAGAGAUUGUGAAACGGGGGCAGCACCGCAAGUCUCUUGACAAACUCUUCCAGGGCUUCAAACCAGCUGUGGAGUGCUGCUACUUCAACUGGGAAGUGGCCUACCCUUUACCUGGCAUCACUUAUUGCAGUGCAGAUAAGAAAAAUGCCUCAUUUUGUUGGGCCAGGAUGGUGCAGCAGCAGAGGGGCGCUAAAGCUGGGACCAGUGGGGAACCAGGAGAAGGAGGUCGCGGUGGAACAUCAGAAGGUUCUUCCUCUGAACACAAGUCACGGAGCAACUCCCAUCUUCCCCAGCAGGAGGUGGCUGUCCGCCCUAAGGAGACCAUUGUGGGCAAGAGGAAAGGAGUGUCUGGCGUGAACAGUGGAGGCGUGCUGGUUUGUCUAGGUGGAAGGGUCUCUCUCUCACUUCAGGAAGGAGGUAAAGGCAUGUAUAAAGCCAGUAGCUCCUCCCCAUCAGCUGGUAGUAAGUCCAAGCUUACACAGAGCAGCAAGGGUUCAUGUGGAAGUUCAAGUGGCGUCAGCGGGAAGCACCCCAGUGCUAAACGGCGAACUAGCAGUGAGGACAGCUCUCUAGAGCCUGAUAUGGCAGAGCUGAGUCUGGAUGAUGGCUCCAGCCUGGCGCUCGGAGCGGAGGCCUCCAACACCUUUGAUUUCCUUCCUCCUCCGCCGGAGAUGUUGCCCUCACCCAGCCCUCUUCUCCGAGAGCCACUCAAAUACAGUGGUACUGCUUCAAAAGAGCGUGCUUUUGAGACAAAACGUGUGCUGCCCUCUGCUGCUGAUUCCCAUGCCUGCACCAUUGCAACUCCAGUAGUGGUAGCUAUGGAGAAAGAGGUGGAAGUGGAGGCAGAUCUGGAUGAGAACGGAGGAGACGAGGACCCUGUAGAUGAUACUCAGCCCUCUGCAUCGCUCCCCAGCAAGGCUCAGCGGGGCUGUAGAGAGGGAGAUGGGAGUGGGGCUUCCGGGGCCUCAGGACCUCAAGCAGCCGAGGCCGCAGCAGGAGCAGAUGCUGUGGGUGAAGAUGACUAUCAAGCAUAUUACCUUAGUGCUGCAUCAGAAGAGGGAGCGGAUAGAGGGGUUGCAGACAGCAACCAUGAAGAAGAGCCAGACAUCUUUGCUGGGAUUAAACCUCUGGAGCAGGAGGGCAGGAUGGAGAUACUGUUUGCCUGUGCAGAGGCUCUCUAUGCUCAUGGCUAUAGUAAUGAAGCAUGCCGAUUGGCUGUUGAACUUGCUCGAGAUUUGCUGUCUAACCCACCCGACCUAAAGGUGGAGCAGCCGCAAACAAAGGGUAAGAAAAGUAAAGUGUCAACCAGUAAACAGACACAGGUGGCCACUAACACCUUAUCUAAAGUAGCCUUCCUGUUGACUGUGUUGAGUGAGAGGCUGGAGCUCCAUAACCUGGCAUUCAACACUGGCAUGUUCUCCUUGGAGCUGCAGAGACCACCAGCUUCUACUAAAGCUCUGGAGGUGAAGCUGGCAUAUCAGGAGUCAGAGGUGGUGGCUUUGCUGAAGAAGAUUCCUCUGGGUCUUGUUGAAAUGACUUCCAUAAGGGACAGAGCAGAGCAGCUCCGUGAUGGAAACUUCUGCGACUAUCGACCGGUUCUGCCCCUCAUGCUGGCAAGCUUCAUAUUUGACGUACUGUGCACCCCUGUGGUCUCUCCCACGGGCUCUCGACCUCCUAGCCGGAACCGUAACAAUGAAAUGCCUGGUGAUGAGGAGCUGGGAUUUGAGGCAGCUGUAGCAGCUCUUGGCAUGAAGACAACGGUCAGUGAGGCAGAGCAUCCUCUGCUAUGUGAAGGCACACGGAGAGAGAAAGGAGACCUGGCUCUAGCACUGAUGAUCACUUAUAAAGAUGACCAAAGCAAGCUUAAAAAGAUUCUGGACAAGCUCCUGGAUCGUGAGAGCCAGACCCAUAAGCCUCAGACUCUGAGCUCGUUUUACUCUAGCAAACCAGCCACCAGCAGCCAAAAGAGCCCAUCUAAACAUGCCACCCAUGGUGCUAGCGGAGCCACGGGAGGAGUGUCAAAGCACACCCCUUCAGCAACAUCAGCUGCUGUGCAGGGCGUGACCGGUGGGGGAGCGGCAGGGCAGCAGGGCAGUUUGGUGGGUGGUGGAGUUCAGAGCACAGUGACUGGAGAUGGCAUCGCUGACAACAGAGAUCAAGAGGGUGCACAGUCGACCUCCUGUGAGCAGCAGAGUGAAGCUGCGCCCUUCAAGCCCGAGGGCACUGUGCCCAGUCGUCUGGCACUGGGGGGCCGUGGGGCAUACGGUACGCGCUGCUGGGGAUCACCUGUACGGCAGAAAAAGAAACACACUGGCAUGGCAAGCAUUGACAGUAGUGCUCCAGAGACCACCUCAGACAGCUCUCCUACCCUCAGUCGACGUCCACUUCGAGGUGGUUGGACAGCUGCUUCCUGGGGGAGAGGCCAGGACAGUGACAGCAUUAGCAGCUCUUCCUCUGAUUCACUUGGCUCAUCGUCAUCCAGCGGCUCACGCAGAGCUGGAGGAGGAGCCAGAGCCAAGAGUACUGACACCAGCAGGUAUAAAGGCCGCCGGCCUGAAUGCCACGCUCCACACGUGCCCAACCAGCCAUCCGAGGCAGCUGCCCAUUUUUACUUUGAGCUGGCCAAGACUGUGCUGAUUAAAGCUGGUGGAAACAGCUCCACCUCCAUUUUCACUCAACCCUCUGCCAGUGGAGGCCAUCAAGGACCCCACCGCAACCUGCAUCUGUGUGCCUUUGAAAUUGGCCUGUAUGCCCUCGGCCUGCAUAAUUUUGUGUCUCCAAACUGGCUGUCAAGGACGUAUUCCUCACAUGUAUCCUGGAUUACAGGCCAGGCCAUGGAGAUUGGGAGUGCUGCCCUCAACAUCCUUGUGGAAUGCUGGGAUGGGCACCUCACACCUCCGGAGGUGGCGUCACUCGCAGACCGUGCAUCACGAGCACGGGAUCCCAACAUGGUGCGUGCUGCGGCAGAGCUGGCCUUGAGCUGCUUGCCUCACGCUCACGCCCUCAACCCCAACGAGAUUCAGAGAGCCCUGGUGCAGUGCAAGGAGCAGGAUAAUGUGAUGCUGGAGAAAGCUUGCAUGGCAGUUGAGGAGGCUGCAAAGGGAGGUGGUGUUUAUCCUGAAGUCUUGUUUGAGGUGGCUCAUCAGUGGUAUUGGCUGUAUGAGCAAACAGUGGGUGGAGGCUCUGGGGCCCAGCGAGAGGGGUCUGGCCGCUGUGGAGCCAAUGGCGGAGCAGGAAGAACACCACCCGAGGGAGUCUGUGGUAUCCUGGAUAACACGGGAGUCUUGGACACUUCAGGUGUCGCAGCUGUAACUACAACAGUGACGGCAGCCGCUGUAGUUCCUGUCAUUUCUGUCGGCUCCACUAUCUAUCAGUCACAUGCGCUGCCGGGCUCAGCCAUGGCACACACGCAAGGCCUGCAUCCCUACACCACCAUCCAAACCCAUCUGCCCACCGUCUGCACCCCGCAGUAUUUGGGCCACCCCCUUCAGCACGUUCCCCGUCCUGCUGUCUUCCCCGUGUCUGGGGCGGCCUACCCACAAGUAUAUGACUUGAGGAAGACGUAUCAACCUGGUUUUAAGAGCGUCUGUUUGUCUUCUCAGGGAAUGCACCCUGCUUUUAUUGGUGCUCAGUACCCAUUCUCUGUGGCUACUGGCCCUCAUCCUCCUAUGGCGGCGACUGCUGUCACUUUCCCUGGAGUCCCAGUGCCGUCCAUGACUCAGAUCGCUGUCCACCCGUACCAUACCGCAGAGGCAGCCCUGCCUCUUAGCACUACUGUGGCAGCAGGAGGAGUACACUCAGGCUCUGCCAUCCAGGCUAUUCAGGGGGCUUCUCUUCCAGGACUCUCAUCCCAGCCUGCCUCAUUGGUCAGCGCACCCUUCCCUGUGGAAGACGAGCAGCACAGUCAACCAAUCAGCCAGCAGGGCCUGCACUACCUCCACUCGGCCUACAGAGUCGGCAUGCUGGCCUUGGAGAUGUUGGGAAGGAGGGCCCACAACGAUCAUCCAAACAACUUUUCCCGUAGCCCCCCGUACACCGAAGACGUCAAAUGGCUGUUGGGCCUGGCUGCGCGUCUUGGUGUGAACCAUGUGUACCAGUUUUGUGUGGGGGCAGCGAAAGGUGUUCUUAGUCCGUUUGUCCUGCAGGAGAUCAUUAUGGAGGCUCUGCAGAGGUUAAACCCUGCACAUAUCCACGCACACCUCCGCACUCCUGCCUUCCAUCAGCUUGUGCAGCGCUGCCAGCAGGCCUACUUACAGUACAUCCAUCAUAGGCUGAUCCAUCUGACUCCCGCGGACUACGACGACUUUGUGAACAUCAUCCGAAGUGCCCGCGGGGCGUUUUGCCUGACACCAGUUGGCAUGAUGCAGUUCAAUGAUGUGCUGCAGAACCUGAAGAGGGGCAAACAGACUAAAGAACUAUGGCAGCGGAUCUCGUUGGAGAUGGCCACUUUCUCACCCUGACUGCUCUAGAGACCAGCGGGGACAGAGCCGCCCAAUCUCCUGCAGCUAUUGUCCCCACAGACCACUAACACAGCUCAAUCCGACACGCAGCUCUCGCCGUUCCCCUCGAAAGGAAGUGUAGCCAUGACGACUUCCUGUACAAGCCCACUCACAUGACCGAACAUUUAGUCCUUCAGGCCCUGAAGUCAUGAGAAAGUGGUACAGAGAUACUGGGGCGAGUGUAUUACUCCAGUCAGUGGGUCCCUCCUUCGUCGAGUUGUUGAUCCCAGUGUUGUGUCUGAUCUUGUUUUUUGUUCUCUUUUUUUUUUCCAGUGUGUUCAGUCGAGUAACUUAAUGGCUCUCUGUUUUAUCUAUGUGUCCUAACAUCUUUCAUUCACUGAUUUCUAUGCUUUGCGAUUCCCCCGAGUUCAUUUAGAUGGUUAAUAUGGGGACAAAGGUUUUCACUUGCAAUGUUGAUGUUUGGUUCACGUUUAAACAAAACCACUAAAUGUCAGACUCAUACUGCAACAUUCCUCUACCCUGGAGAACAGAGCCUCCAUCGGUCAUUAAGGAUUUCAACGUUGGAUAGUGGAUGGCAUUGUAAACAUGAGGAGAAUAAAAACAAAACUUUGUUAAAAGAAUAAAAGAGACAUUUAUUAUGAAACAAUAAUCAAAGUACGGGUGAGGAUUCUUCAAUGUUUUUUGUUUUAUCUUUUGUUUUUAAUAUUUUGUAUAGUGUGGUGUGUCUGCAGAGAGCAGGAUGAGGAAUGGAAGAAUGUUCUUACUGACUGCUCUGUGAGUUUCUUUUUCCGGUCAGAUGUUGGUGGCUUGAGUGCUGGAACAGAGAGGUCUGGCUGGACCAGAUUACACAGCUUUAAUUUUAGAAAUUUAAGACAUCAGCCGUGAGUUCAGUCAAAAACAAUUCGGGCUUCCUGUUAAAUUGGGUUCUUUUAUAUUUGAAUUCCAGCUGUUUCCGAUACCGUUAAUAGACUUUGGUAUCUGUGCAAUUUAAUAUUUUUGAGGUUUAGUCGAACCACACGAUCUCGUUUUUCUGUUCUCAUUUUAAAAUGGGUUAACUGCUCCCCUCUGUCUAACGUUUGUUGAGUGGUCUAUAAAUGUCACUGCCAGAUUCCCGUGUUUCCAGCAUCGGCCCCAGCUUGGAACUCGCUAGUGGAGAGUGACUGAGUAGAAAAUGUACUGUGAUAUUUUUGUAUUCUUCAAGUGUAGCUUGGUUGGAGAAAAAAAAACAAACAAACAAAAAAAAAAAUCUAUAUAAAUAUAUAAACUGUGCUGAUUGCAAGAGGAUGUAAUCUAGAAUAAAUGGGGGAAAAGAGAAAAACUAAAUUGGAACAAAGCAAUAUUAAAAAUGUAGAGUUUACUUAAUAAAGAUAAAUCAAAACA